AUGACGUUUCAACUUCAAAGUCAACUAAAGAAGCUCCCCAUCCCCGAUUUGAGCCAGACAUGCACCAAUUACCUUAAGGUGUUGAAGCCUCUACAGACCGAGCAAGAGUACGCCACCACCGAGGCAGCAGUCAAGUCGUUUGUUCGAGAAGGAGGCGUUGGCCACUUUUUAGAUGAUUGCUUGAGGCAAUACGCUGCAGAUAAGCCUAGUUACAUUGAGCAGUUUUGGUACGAUGCUUAUUUGAACUACGAUUCGCCCGUGGUGCUCAACUUGAACCCCUUUUUUUUGUUGGAGGAUGACCCGUUUACUCAGAAUGAAACCAGUUCCAUUGAUCCGCAGAUUAAAAGAGCUACUACUUUGACCUUGUCCUCGUUAAAGUUCAUCCAGGCUUUGAAAAAGGAGACGUUGAGCGUGGAUCUUUUGAAAAACGGCAAACCCUUGUGCAUGUACCAAUUUUCCAAACUAUUUGGCGCUUCAAGAAUCCCCACCAACGAUGGCUGUAUAAUGCACUCGGAUCCGACUUCGAACCACAUUGUUGUCAUGUCCAAAUCUCAAUUUUAUUGGUUUGAUGUCUUGGACUCAAAACACAACAUUAUUCUCAAUGAAUCGGACUUGAAUGUCAAUUUCCAUUCAAUUGUUCAUGAUUCCUUGUUGACGUCCGCCAACGAUAUUGCCAAAUCCUCGUUUGGGGUGUUGACUUCGGAAAAUAGAGGCGUUUGGGCUCAUGUGCGUAAAAACUUGAUCAAUGCCAAUGCCAUCAACAAGGAAGUUUUGAAAAUUAUAGACUCGGCGUUGUUUAUCCUAUGUCUUGAUGACAUUGAGAUUGACGACUUGUCUCAGCUUUCCAAAAAUAUGCUUUGCGGAUUAUCGAUUUUGGAUAAAGGUAUCCAAAUUGGUACUUGCACCAAUAGAUGGUAUGACAAGAUGCAAAUCAUCAUCACCAAAAAUGGGAAAGCCGGCGUCAAUUUCGAACACACUGGUGUUGAUGGCCACACCGUUUUGCGUUUUGUUUCCGACAUCUACACCGAUUCGAUUUUGUCUUUUGCCCACUCCAUCAACAGCCAUGCCCCAUCCUUGUACAAAAGCAACAGUUCAACUGACUCGCAACCUAGCGACGAUGAUCUCAUCACAGUUCCCAGAAAACUCGAAUGGGACCUAACUCCCGACUUGAGCUUGGCGUUGAGAUUCGGCGAAACUAGAUUAUCAGACUUGAUUAACCAAAAUGAAUUGCGCCAUUUGGAAUUUAGACACUAUGGCUCGAGUCAAAUCAAGAAGAUGAAAUUUAGUCCUGAUGCUUUUGUUCAAAUGGCUUUCCAAGCAACUUAUUAUGCCUUGUACGGUAAAGUCGAGUGCACUUAUGAACCAGCAAUGACCAAGAAUUUCUUUCACGGAAGAACUGAAGCCAUUAGAACCGUGUCUCAAGAAUCCAAUAUGUUUGUUCGCAAAUUCUUUGAUCCCACUGUUGCCAAUUCUGAUAAAUUGGAAUACUUAAACCAAGCCUGUAAAUCGCAUUCGAGUCAGACUAGAUUAUGUUCAAACGGAGAAGGUGUUGAUCGUCAUUUGUAUGCCUUGUUUUGUUUAUGGAAGAGAUUGCUCAUUCGUUAUGAACAGCAAGCUAAAGGCUUGACCCCAGGGGGAGAUUUGAAGUUCGAAAUUCCUGACAAUAUUAAUAUUGUUGAUUUGCCGGAUAUUUUUGCUGAUCCAGGUUGGGACAGACUCAACAAUACCAUUAUCUCAACUUCAAACUGCGGUAAUCCGUCAUUGCGUCUUUUCGGCUUUGGUCCCGUGUCACCCAAUGGAUUUGGUAUUGGCUACAUUAUCAAAGAUGACUCCAUAUCAUUCUGUGUUGGUUCAAAAUACCGUCAAACUUCAAGAUUCUUGGUAACGUUAAACUCGUACCUUCAAGAAAUUGCCAACAUUUGGGGCCAAGUCGAGUUGCAGAAAAAGAUGGAUUUAAAGUCAAACCCUGUUUUCGGUUUAAACAGCAAGAGCUUCACAACUUUACUCGGUGGGUAUGGUUAUUUCGAUGUUGGUGAAGAAGAUAUCAAGAGUAGAGGCCAAUCUCCAGAGCCGCCAUUCUUGACUAGAGGAACUUCAUCAGGCUACAGUAUGCGUGAUUUGAGUAAAAAAUUGAGACUCAGUGAAUACUAA